AUGGCUGCGAUCGAACACAUUAGCUGGUCUGAAUUACUGAAGCAUGCCAACAUUACAGCUCAACAUGGUAAUGACGGCAACCGAAUUGCCACGGCAACCGAGUCUCUACAGCAAAUAGCGCACCAAUUCGCCGAGGAGCUCAAUGAGCGUGCCAAGCUUUUAGCCAACAGUGCUCAGUUUGAUAGAGCGUUACAUGAUGCAGCAGCCAUAAGAGCCAUGUUACCAGGAUCAGGGCUUGGAUACUUGUGUACAGGAGACGUGUAUUGUCAACAAGGGCGUCAUGCAGCAGCGAUUUCCAUAUACGAUCAAGGGCUUGAAGCUGUGUCUGCAUCAGAUCCAUAUUACCACCACCUUCAGCAACAUCGCAUGCAAGUAGCACCCAACAACAACAAACGAGUCGAUUUCAUCAGCCGGCUACCAUUGGAUAUUGUCAUCACCAACAUUGUACCAAGGAUGACGCCAACGUACUUGGAUUCGAAUGAGCUGUAUGGGCCUCUUUACGUAUCACGUACAUGGCAGGAGCGUAUCUUGCAGCAAUCCAAGGGGUUGACUUUCGAAUUCGGGCAAGAGGACCACACCUUCAAGACUGGUCAUGAUCAACUCAUCCGAUUCGCACCCUAUGUUCAAAAGUUAAGAGGCAAUGUGUUUGACGAUGCAGAGUUGAAAGAUCUCUUUUCUCGAGCUCGCUUUUCCAAUCUUAAGGACCUGCGUAUAUACUGUGAUUCUACAACCCCUCAUCUUCCAGUAUUACAUGGUCUACAACUGAUUUCUGAUUCAUUGACGCACCUGAACAUUGAUGGGUACCAUUAUUUUGACCUAAGUGAUAUCCUCGAAUCAUGUCCAAAUCUUGUAUCUCUGGAAACAGAGCAUGUCGAGCCUGUUUUAUCUUCACCGCCAUCAUCACGUUAUCCCAAGAUCACGCACCUGGCACUUCAUGACGUAUCAGAAGAUGAAGCCCCUAGCCACGAUGAUGUGAUUGAUCUCCUCAGUCGAUUUCCUUCUUUAUUGUCAUUCGAGCUUACGCCAAUGUCCGAUUCCAGUAUCUUGAUGACUAUACACGAGCAUUGCCCUUAUCUACAGGUCCUCUAUUACGGUGCCAAAAAUUAUCCUUCAAAGAAGAUUGAUAUCCACCCAAAUCAAAAAGGAAUCAAGUCGGCUCAUUUAGGAGGAGAAUACACAGAAGACCUUUUCAUGCAAGGUGAUCUGGUGGAAUUCCUAUACAUGCAUCGGAAUUUAUUGGAAUCGGUCGGAUUUAGUGGUGAAUUUGAAGCAGAUGAUUCCCUUUGGAAAUUGGUGGAUGGGAACUCAGGAGUGUGA